GACAGGGGGAGAGAGAGAGAGAGAGAGAGAGAGAGAGAGAGAGAAGCGCGGUCACGGUCGCCGACCACAGCAGCGGCAGGCAGCGGCAGCAGAGGCGCCGUCGUCCCGCAAAGACUCCGCCGGAGCACCGUGUUCGCCCGCCCCCACACCGAGGCUGGAAGCGCUGCUCCGCCCGGAGCUUCUCCUUCAUCCGCGGGGAUUUACCGAGGAUUUACCGAGCACCAAAACAAAUUAAUAAUCGACCGCAGCUGCGAGCACUGGCCCGACACAGGUGACACGAGCCGGCUGAGUCCCCGCAGACACGUCCGGGUCGUUUUGUGGAUAAAAAGAGGAGACUGUCAUCCUGCAGAACCGAGAUCUUCCUCCGUUUCUCCGCGUCCCACCGCCCGCUGCCCUCGGAUGGGGGAUCUCUCCGUGUCCUGCUGUGUGUGAUGCAGCAGAGCAGCUUUGUUUUUAGAGAUUCUGCCUCCUCCGGCUGCAUGGACUGAACCAGCUGCAGCUGCAAGCGGUGGCAUCUUUGCUCACUAUUAUUAUUUAGCUUUUCUUUUUAUAUAUAUAUAUAUAUAUAUAUAUAUAUAUUUUUGUGCUUGAUUUUCAUCUUGAUUUUCUUUGUGAAUAUAUGUGUUGGCACAGUUUUUGCUCACUUGACAUUUACUGGACUGCCGGGAGGAAGGUUUAGUGAAGAGGAGGAGGAGGAGGAGGAGGAGGAAUUGUCAAAAAGGAAAGGAAAGGGAACAUUAAAAAAAAAAGCCAGGAGGCAUCAGUGGGAAUCUGGCAUCCAUCCACCAUCCAGUGGGUCAGGAACAGGAUUCAGUGGCUGUGAAAAAACAUCAAAUCAAAUGAUCUGGCUAAUAGAAGACCAAUAGGGAUGGAACGUAACAGAGCCAUGGCUGGGGAAGCGUUACGGAUCGCCAUCACUCAGAACCAGCACUGACCUGGAACCCAGACCGAGGUUCCACCUCCUUCUCCAGCACCCUGUGGACCCUACUGUACCCCAACAACUGCUGUGUCCUUCACAUCACCUCCGCUCAGCGCUCCUGGCGAUUGCACCUCCAAGAAGGCUCCUUUUAGUCUUUCAGGGCCUGUCUGCUUUUGUUGUUUUAAUCCAUCUCUUCUGCUUUAACACAUUGUUGGUUUUAAUCCACAUUCCCUCAUAGACUGGAAGCAGGUGGCUGAACAGUAUGAAUCCAGUCAUGUACUCCCUUCCACUUGCUCCAAGCAAACAAAGUCGGCGGGGUUUGUCGUCCAGGACGCGCCCCCUGACUCUUGUAACAGACUGGUGCCUGAUGGGGGCGCUAGGCCUCAUUCUAUUCUUCAGCCUGGCCUCGAGUCAGAAGAUGGACCCUUCCAAGCACCCCAUAGUCACCACCAACUAUGGCAAGCUCCGAGGUGUAAAGAAAGACUUGAACAAUGAGAUUCUAGGCCCGGUGGAGCAGUACCUGGGCGUGCCCUACGCCACGGCACCCAUUGGCGACCGCCGCUUUCAGCCGCCCGAGGCCCCGGGAUCCUGGCAGGAGAUCCGCAACGCCACGCAGUUUGCCCCAGUGUGCCCUCAGAACGUCCAAGGGGUGCUGCCAGAGAUAAUGCUGCCCGUGUGGUUCACGGACAACCUGGAUGUGGCAGCCGGAUACAUCCAGAACCAGAGCGAGGACUGCCUCUACCUCAAUGUCUACGUGCCGACGGAGGAUGGUCCGCUCACAAAAAAACACGAUGAAUCUUCAAUGAACAAGCCUCGAGACGAAGAUAUCCGUGACCGCAGGAAGAAGCCUGUCAUGCUGUUCAUUCAUGGAGGCUCCUACAUGGAAGGCACCGGAAACAUGUUUGAUGCCAGCGUCCUCGCCGCGUAUGGCAACGUGAUAGUGGUGACCAUGAACUACCGGCUCGGCGUACUCGGCUUCCUCAGCACUGGUGACCAGUCUGCAAAGGGAAACUACGGCCUGCUGGACCAGAUCCAGGCGCUGCGCUGGCUCAAUGAGAACAUCGGCCACUUCGGCGGAGACCCGGAGAGGAUAACCAUCUUCGGCUCCGGAGCGGGGGCGUCCUGCGUCAACCUCCUCAUCCUCUCGCACCACUCAGAGGGUCUGUUUCACAGGGCCAUAGCCCAGAGUGGAACGGCCAUCUCCAGCUGGUCUGUCAACUACCAGCCCCUCAAGUACACCAAGAUCCUGGCCCGGAAGGUGGGCUGCACCUACACAGAGACGGCCGACCUGGUCGACUGCCUGAGACGCAAGAACUUCAGGGAGCUGGUGGACCAGGACAUCCAGCCAGCCCGCUACCACAUUGCCUUUGGCCCCGUGGUGGAUGGCGACGUGGUGCCCGACGAUCCUGAGAUCCUCAUGCAGCAGGGGGAGUUCCUCAACUACGACAUCCUCAUAGGAGUGAACCAAGGUGAGGGGCUGAAGUUCGUCGAUGACAGCGAGGACAACGAUGGCAUCUCAGCCGCGGCGUUCGACUACACCAUCUCGAACUUCGUCGAUAACCUCUACGGAUACCCUGAAGGCAAAGACAUCCUGAGGGAGACCAUUAAGUUCAUGUACACCGACUGGGCGGACAGGGACAACGGCGACAUGCGGAGGAAGACCCUCCUCGCUCUGUUUACAGACCACCAGUGGGUGGCGCCGGCUGUGGCCACCGCCAAGCUCCACGCUGAGUUUCAGUCCCCGGUUUACUUUUACACAUUCUACCACCACUGCCAGACGGAGACGCGACCCGAGUGGGCCGACGCCGCCCAUGGAGAUGAGAUACCGUACGUGUUCGGUGUGCCCAUGAUCGGCGCCACGGAUCUGUUCCCGUGCAACUUCUCGAAGAAUGACGUCAUGUUGAGUGCCGUGGUCAUGACAUACUGGACCAACUUUGCCAAGACUGGGGAUCCCAACCUGCCAGUCCCGCAGGACACCAAGUUCAUUCACACCAAGCCCAACCGCUUUGAGGAGGUCAUCUGGACCAAGUUCAACUCAAAGGACAAGCAAUACCUCCACAUAGGCUUAAAACCUCGUGUUAGAGACAACUACAGGGCCAACAAGGUGGCCUUCUGGCUGGAAUUAGUUCCCCACCUCCACAGUCUACAUGAGGUGCUCUUCCCCACCACUACCCGCUCACCGGCAGGCCCUCGCGGCAAUAACGGACCCUGGUCCAGGACACCGGGCCCUCGCACCACCACCCGUAACCCCUACCCUACAUUCCCCUCUGAACUGGAGCCAGAGGGCUCUGAGCGUCCACACCAGGACCUCUUCCCUGGAGACAUGAGGGACUAUUCCACUGAGCUUAGCGUGACAGUCGCCGUGGGUGCAUCGCUCCUCUUCCUCAACAUCUUGGCCUUCGCCGCCCUUUACUACAAGCGCGACAAGCGACACGAGAUGCGACGCCACCGGCUGUCUCCCCAGCGGGGCGGCCCUGCCAACGACCUCGCUCACAGUCAGGAGGAGGAGAUCAUGUCCCUACAGAUGAAGCACUCGGAGCACGACGCGCACCACGACAUGGAACCUCUCCGGCCCCACGACAUCCUGCGACCCGCCUGCCCGCCCGACUACACACUGGCACUACGCCGGGCCCCGGAUGACGUGCCACUGAUGACGCCCAACACCAUCACCAUGAUCCCCAGCACCAUCACCAGCAUGCAGCCUCUUCAUGCCUUCAACACCUUCCCCUCCACUGGCCACAACAACACCCUGCCCCACCCCCACUCCACAACCAGGGUAUAGUAGGGACUGCCCUGACACAGCACCACCCGAGGACCAGUAAGACUGGCUGUGCUACUGAUCCAGGAGGGAGGCCUCUAGAUGUGGGCCUCUCUGCUCUCUUAUGCUCUUACUCCUCAUGUGCUGUCAAACUUAGCAGCUCCCUCCACUGGCGCCGCGGGGAGAAGCAACUGAACUGCACGGCAGCAGAUGACCAGUUGGGGGCGGUUUAGAUCUUUUACAGAUACUGUUUUCAAAGGAAGUCUGCUGUUUCCAGACUGAAGCCCUCUGACAUUUGUCAAAGGGACAUGUGCUUUUACUUUAGUGUCAAUUCUUUUUUCUCUCACUGGUGUUUUACGUGCAUAUAUCGUUCUCUUUUUCUACAUCUGUGUCUUAUCCCUGCUUUUGUUCCUCUCAUUCAACAUGCGAUUCUCUCUCCCCCCUUUGCUCUACUGUACUGAGCUGUAGGAGGGGACAUUGAGUGCAUACAGUUGGCAUAAAGCUAUGAAAAGACAGAUAUCUGAUAUUUUGUUCUACCAGCAUUCUUGGUGCCAAGUAUGUACUUCUGUGUUUGCGUUCUCAUCAAGGGAGGGAAAAAAAACUAACCUAAAGAAAAUUCUUGACUAUUCCCAUUUACUGUCAACUAACAGAUGCUGUGUGUUCUCAUGACAAAGUGCCAAACUGGCCCUCGAUUGUGUUUUUAUUUUAUUUUAAUUUUUUUUCAAUCAUUUGUUUAAUCGUUGUUUCUUGUGGAACGAAUUUUUUCUGAAAAUAUAGAUAUAGAGAAAUGAUAUUAUAUAUAGUUAUAUAUAAAUGUGUACAAAGGAGAAAGUAUAUAAAAGGGGUUUUCUCAGCGGGGAUCUAUGCAUGAAUUAUUUUUAAAGAUGACGGCGGGGGAUAGGACACUGUAUCUGUCAAUGCACGUUUCCCAAAUCUACUCAAAAAUCACACCGGUCCGCUUUGGAUAUCAGUCUGUUUAACCUCACAGAAUGAGAGCAUCACAGAAAAUCCUGAAGUAAGUCCCAAAAAAAAAAAAGAAAGAAGAAAAUCCACCUCCUCACCUCCCAGCAAUCAUUUCUUCUUAAAGAAAGAGUCAUUCCUGCAAAUCUCAGAAGAUGUUAGAGUCAAAGCAACAACUGUGAACACAUUCUUCCGUUCCUUCUUUCCUUCAUAAUCUCAUGGAGGGGAAUUUCUCUAAACCGGGAGAGCAAUGCACCAACAGCUAUCCCAUCAUGCAACUGUAGCUACUUCCUCUGUCCAUCUGCUUUUUUCUUUUCUACUCGAGUUUGCAGAUCUGUUGUUGAAGCCGGCGUGAUCGACAUUAUUUUUGUAUUUCAGCGAACGUGAGAAACAAAGCGGAGACCGACAGCCCCCCUUGCGCUUUUACAUGCACCUUCCUUCUCCUGUCUGCGCCCCUGAUUCCAGCACAUGCAUAUUCUCUUUUGUGUGUGUGUGUGUGUGUGUGUGUGUGUGUGUGUGUGUGUGUGUGUGUGUGUGUGUGUGUGUGUGUGUGUGUGUGUGUGUGUGUGUGUGUGUGUGUGAUCAGAGCUCCUUCACAUUGGCAUAGGUGCAACCUAAUUAGACAGCGAGGAGAUAGAAAGGCAGACAGGCUGGAGGAUGAUCCCCACGGUAAAAAACUUCGACUCCAGAAUGAGCUCCUUCCCGCUGCCUCCCCUCUCUCCCUCCAUCUCUUCCUCCCUCCCUCCCCUCCCCUCAUCAGGACUCUAGCUCUGUACAUCACGACUGACGCUCCACGACCACGUGAUCGCCCGCAACUACCCCACUGCGACCACGAAACUCCAAGACACCUGACUUCACUGUGUCAGCGCCGCGCCACACGCCAUUGUGUUGGCUCACGGGGCGAGUUGAGUUUUCGUGAGCUCACCGGUUGUAAAUGAGAACUCCUAAGCACACUGAGGGUAACCGGUGGGCCUUCAUAGCCGCUGCAGGAUGAAAACGGGGCUCAGGUCUCCGACACAGGGUAAAAGCAACACACAUGAUAACGGAUGUUUCUGAUUCCUCUCUUUUUUUGGGGGGGGGAGGGGGGUAAGGAUCUCAAAUAACACUGGAAAAUGGGUGAUUAAUACAGUAAGUUAGCUGAACUGAUGUGCUGGUAUUUGAGCCCACAGGAAACCAAUGAUAGCUUCCACCCAGUACGAGAGAAGUUAGUCACCAGUGUUGUCUUGUGUUUGUUUGUUUUCUAUGAUAUUACUGCCUAACAGGGUGGUGUGGGAGAGAUGUAUACAGUGCCCGGCUGCUCUUGUCAAGAGUUUUUGUAAAAGGGAAAAAUGUGCACAAUGUUAAACACAAGACAACUGCCUCGGGUGUGUCACAGGCAGUGCUCUGGAACAGACGACGGGACAGCGGCGCAAGGCAAGGUGCACGCUGUGGGGACGAGACAUUGGGAGGAGAUUGGAUACAGACUCUCAGCCUUAAAUGUAUCAGUUAAUCAAUAUCGGAAGAACGAAAGGAGAGGAGGAAGGAAGCAAGUGAGGAAGUUCAAAGGCAUGGUCAUCUUUCUACCCGCAAAGUUUGCCACAUCGCUACUCAGUCUGACGGCGGAUCUGUGGGAUCAGAUCCACGUGAACCCUUUUGUACUCGCCCCGGGGCGUUGUGAAGAAAACCUCGCCACAGCACGGCCACGACGACACGGCUGGAGGUGGAAACCAGGUGUUCAGUUUGGUCCGUUUCAAUUCCUUUGUCUAUUUUCUAAAGCAACACUCGAGGGCGCUAUUUCGGCAGAUUCACCACAGGGCUGCCCAACAGGAAACAGGAAGAAAAAAAGAAACCAAACCGGGUGGCAGGACAGAGACACACAACAUCUGGUGGAGGAUCCAAACUGUACAUUUUUAAGUGUAAGAAUCAAACAGACAAAAUAUUUGUAAAUAUUAAGUUUCUUGUUUGUUUUUCGUUUUCUUUUUGAGUGAAUGAAUGAAAUGCUUAUUUUGUGACGACAAAAGACAACAGGUGCAGUUUGCAAAAAAACUAAAAAGAAAAGGCCUCAAGCUCGAGGCUUCAGAGAAGUUGGUGAGUAGAAGUUGCUUACCACCAAUCGCUGUUCAUUUAGUCAUAUUUUCUUCACGCUAUCUUGUUCUCACAUUGCCCAUCAUGACGUGGGCAUUCUGUAGCAUCAUCAGACACUGUAGCAGAUUUCCCCCCCACCCCAUGACAGAGGGCCUGAUGCUGUAGUUAGCAUUAGCUGUUUUCCAAUUAAUAUUACUAUUACUAAAUUUUAAACAUGCAACUAAAUUAUGUGGUUUGCGAUCAUCGAAGCCUCAACUCGUCUUGUUUCCCCCCCUCAUAAUUUUGCAUCGCUUUGUUUCUCAACGAUCCACCCACUCCUGAUGAACAUGUGCUGCGUGAUUGCUGUGACAUCCAGAGGCUAAAAUACUGAGGAAAGCCAGCUUUGCCUUUUGCCAGCUCACUAAUGUAAUGGCCAGUGUCACGGUCAGGACUUUUUAAAAAGCGGUCAGUUAAAUGUCAGCUCACUUCACAUGUAGCAAUGUUUACAUGUUGCCACUCAAUCACCUGUGGGACAGACAUGAGGGCUUUGAUACCAUUAGAUGCCUCAUAUCCUCAUCGAGCGACGCCAUCACACAUGCCGCCCAGCGUCUCCCUUCCACACACUGUGUUGCGAUGUGUUUAUGGAGGUUGUGUUGCUCUUACACUGACGCGAUGUAGCAGAAAAGAGUCUCGUGUUCCAAUUGGUUGAGGGACGGACAUUGUUUCAUAGUGGAUCUGGUCGUAUGUAUGUGGACACACGCUGGGCCUAAGUAGCCCUGAGGCUCGCACAUCGCCAGAGCUGCGUUCGUCCAACUGAAACCGCUUCAGUGAAACGUGGCGACUUCCGGCACGUCAGUGACGUUACUUCCAGAUCCCGUGUCACGUCAGUGAUGCACGAAAGCACAUGGUAAACAACUCACAAUGACAAACGCAAACACGUAAAUCCUCAGCUUGCGAAGUUGCACCUGUUGUCUUGUUUUUAAAUUCUUUGUUGAAUUCAGAAACCCAAGACUUGAGAUGAAGAAAAUGUUAAAUAAUGGAGUUCAAGAAAAAAAGAUGAUUAUUAAAAAAAGUACAGUAAAACUAUAUAAAUAAAUGAGGUGAUGAUAUUUCUGUUUACUUUAGAAGUUAUUAUACACUGUAUGCUGUGAUUCUGAUCUGGGAAACAUUAAAGACAUUCAUAGCCAGA